UGAGGUUUGCGCGUGGAGACGUAGACCGCUGUGUAUUGCUAUCCUGCGCUCGUUACUAAAGUUGGUAUAACUAGAGAAGCAAGCGGUCAGCAACAUUCAUCCCUCGAGGGGAUGUCUAACUCUGUGUUACGGUGUGUUUGACCAUAACUUAGAUUUACGCUGGAAUAUCCCUUUAACAUUUCAGUCAAGACCACUUUCACUAAACCUCUGUUCUGAUAGCUCCCUGUCCCUCCAUGUGUGAGAACAACAGUUUCAAUAUUUACCAUUUGGAUGCACACGUCAGCUUGACUAACACCAUACCCAAUCUGUGAUUUGAGCAAAUGUCUUUGCUGGGAUCUGUUUCCACUGGGCCUGCAGGAUAAAUCUAAUCAGCUGUAUGGUUAUUAGUCUGGCACAGGAAAAGUUUUUUUGUUUUAAUAUUUUACUCUGAUAAGACCGUCUUAUCGGAGAAAAACAGCUCACAAAAGUUGUUUCUGUUUUCUCUUUUACAAGCCUGCACAUCCUGAAGUGUCAGUACGGGAGGAAAAACCAAGAACAUGUGCAGCAAGUUGACAAAAGAAUAAAACUCAUGCUGUAGUUUCAUUAAAAUCAGAAAUAACACCGAGAGUGUGGAUGAUAUGAGUUCGGCACAAAGGCUGGAGGCAGUUUGAAUCUAAAAUGGGGACGUAAACAAGUAUCACAUUUGAUUAAUGGCUGUUUUUCUGCUUUCAGACCAUGAGAGGUUUGUGUAAAGAGGAGGACUAUGCAUUUCUGGGAAUGUCGGGAAAGACCAGAACAGGAACAGAGGAGGAGGGGGCCGGAGCUUCGGAGGGCGAGUGGAAAGACAGAAAAGAGGAGAGGGUGAGAGAUGAAGAAGAGCGUGGAUCACUCUCUGCUAAUUUGACAAAACAAGAAUAUCAGCGUGAACGUGUUUGUGUGUUUGUUUUAGAUCCGCUGGCGUCAGGAGAGGGAGCGGAGAGAAAAAGAGAGACUUCGAGAAAUAGAGGAGAGCAGAAAGGUGAAUGCACACACGGUCACAUGAUGCACACUCUACAUGUCUGUAUCUGUCAGACUAAAGUGUGCUGCCGUCGGCGUGGCACGCAGGAUUACACUGAAUGACACCAGAUCGGCCUCGACAGCCCUCCUUUGAUUACCCCGGGUGCUCAUGCGUGCACAUCACCCAAACACACUCACGCUGCACCCCGUAGACAUAAAGUGGCGGCUGCAGCGGAUUGAUUUGAUGACAGAUCCUCCUACCUUAUGAAAACAACACUGCGAGGAAAACUAACUUCAGGUUUUGGAUUUCAGCGCUUGGUUUCUAAUUGUUUUAUUCGUGUUGUUCAAGGAUUCCUGAGGAAAUGUUGAGAUUUUUGUGCCUGAAGCGUCAAAAGUGAUGUCUCUGCAGCAAAUGUUCCGUGUUUACCGUCUUUUAGAAAAGCUUUUAACGCUUUAGGGUUUUAUUAAAACAGGUUUUAUAAUCAGCAAAUGGAAACGGCGAGCUGAACCAUCAGGCAAGACCAGCAGCAGAGAGACGCAGGAUCAAUGAGUGUUAAUUUACCGUCAAGGUUCACUUCAUCGCUCACGGCUAAAUCAGAUUCACUUCUGUGGAAAACCACGAACAGAGAAGCACAACUUUGGCUCUCUGUCAAGGGGGCGGGGCCUAUCAGAGCGCACACAUGCAAAUACACACACUCCCCCCCUCCGCACACACACACACAUCUGGCCUUUAAAAUGAAGCGUGUUCAAACGGCAGAUUUAUUAAAAACUAUCAAACGCACACUUGCUGCAACAGAUGCACAUUCUCACUUACAUGGAAUGUACACACACACACACACACACACACACACACAUAUAGAGAAAACAGCUGUGGGUGCUUUGGGCAGCCGCCCUGUUUCUGACAAGAGUGUGUGAGGUCAGAAAGGGACGUGGGCCGCAGUUGUUGCCGUUUCCACUGCACGCUGCACACACACUCACACAUAUACACACACAUACAUACACACACAUAGGACAGGAAGUACAUGACAACACUUACCCUGAUGGAGAGGACAGCCACUCUCACCUCAGUCUGCAAACUUCUCUCUUUCUCACUCUCACUUGACUUCAGUCACACAAACUCAGAGCACAGACCUGACCCCCUGAUCUGCACCCACUCACCCCUGCAGACACACACACUGUAAAUGCAAACUAAUGCAGCCAAAAGCAUGAGCCCACACAGACUCAUUAUGGAUAACAAUUACCACAGCUACAAUCUCUCACCGCUGAAAACGCCGAAUCUGAGCCAGAAGAAUUCCAGAAACUCUCCGUAAUGUUUCUAACCUCACAUUCAGACACGACUGACCGGCCACUCUCCUCAAAUUAUUAUGAAAUACUCAUUUUAUGACCGAGACGCACUCUUAUGUCAUUCCCAAUUUAGCCGUCCUUAAGACAAGCAUCCAGGAAACAUGUUAAUGGAGGCUAACUGAACCGUUUUAAGGAGUUUUGUUAUGUAACGUCAAAUACAGACGUGAUUAAAAAAAAUCAGGAAAAGCAUUUUUGUGUAACUGCUUUGAUUAGAGACUUACAUAAACCUCUGGCAUCAACUUCUCUUCCUUUUUCUUAAUGUAAUAAGACAUGAAGCAGCUGGCACAGCCGUACUGUAAAUGACAUUUACUGGAUUUAUUAGACUGUGAAUGAACUCCUUUGUGAUAUAAACACACUUUUUUCACUACAAAAUAACCACCUUUAUUUACACGAAAUACAACAAGCACAACUUUUGUUGUGCAUUGUGAUAAAUGUAUGUAUGCACUUUCAUGCUCCCAAGAGUAACUGGAGACAUCGAGCAAAGCUGUAAACUGUGCAGAAAUCCUCUGGGUUACCUUUUCUCCUCCGAACCCAGAAGAAGAUCCUCAAGAUUUUAUUUGUGAUGUUCUUCAUACUAAGUCUGGAUGCUUUAGAGGCUCACUGCAGCUCUGUGGGAGAGUCAGCGGUCUCUGAAUGAGAGGUCAGAGUUGUUCAGUCCCAGCUCCUGCAGCGCACAGGCCUUAGUGUACUUAAGGAAAAAGCCCCACGCUGCUGCUCUGCAUGAGGUAACUGCAGGAAAUAUUGUUUUACAGUGCAGAUGCCAUGCAGACAGGUUUUCCAGCUGUGGUUAAAUUUGCAGCUUUAGUCUCUGGUCAGGCUUUGAAAUUAAAACAACUUACAGAGCAUUAAAAAUUUAACACGACCAUCAAAACAUUCAUCAGCAAAGUUUGUCAGUUUGAAUGUUAAAUAUCUUUUCUUUGUGUAACAGGGUCCAAAAGCAUUUGUAAAUCAUUGUGUUCUAUUUCUGUUCCUCUUUAAACAAAGUCCCAAUUUAGGGUUUGAAUUAGGGUUUGUAUUUGAUUUAGCUUACAGUACUUCUCAUGGUUCCAGGAAUAACUCCACCAAACAGUUUUGGCCGAAUCUCUUUCUGUCUCAUCUGUGAGGGAGGUUUUUCACUUUGGUGAGAGUCUCAGAUACCCUGAUUAUCAUGUCCAAAUAAUUGUACUCUAUUGUCUGUUCAAGUGCGGAUCCUCCUCCAGCUGUGAAACUGUGUUUUGAUUUCUAAAAUAUCACAUAUCAAGGGCCCAGUUUGAACAGAAAUUCAUUGUGCAUGUUUCUUCACCCUGCAUGCUGCGACACGAACCUGAGAAAAUAUUGACCUCUGGCAGGAGAGGGACACAGUUUUUGUGUUUUUGACUUUGGAAAAAGAUGAAUUCAUUGAGUUGCACUUUAUUCAAGUUUAACAAACUGCUGCUUAACCUGACUUUCAAAUCAGUCUUCUGUCUUAAAAAAGGGACUGUAAAUUAGGGCCCGACCGAUAUGGAUUUUUUGGAGCUGAUGCCGAUUAUUAGGGGGGAAAAAAUCUGAUUACCGAUUAAUCGGACGAUUUUUUAAAUUUUUUAUGAAGUUAUAAAAUAUAUAUAUACUGUAGGCUACUGCUCUUUACACCGCCAGGAAGACCGACUGAUCAAACUCGGACCAGAACAGCGUUUUCAACACCCCCUGCACCGAUCGAUCGGUGCCUCUGCGUCUUAACUCACGUCACUCAUGUCCGGUCUCAUCUGGAGACAUGCAGCUGCCUCAGUAAGAGAAGUCUCGAUCACAUAAUGUGUACUGUUGUUUAUUCUACCAUUACUGACACGGCUAACAGUGUAGCAAGGCUAAUAGCAGGUGGCUAACUCUAACUUUAGCUUGCAUAUUACAUGGUGCUUCACCGUUUACCCGGCGUGACCGAGACCAGCACAGCGGGGAACAUCCUGAAGUGGGUUGAAUUGAAUCUUGUUGACUUAUUGUGUAUUUCACAAACUGGUUUAUUUCCCGUUGAGGCGGACCACUCUCCUCCGUGCGUCCCUGAGCUGUGCUGUGAGGUAGUUAGUGGAUGAAGAUUGUCAUGAGGACGCUGCGCCAUCUACAGGAUAAGUCAGGGAACUUUUCUAAUGGUGGAACAUUUUCAAAGUGAAACCGAAUCUUAUUCUCUGCAUUUUAUUUCUGAAAAUAUUGGUGAAAAUCGUCGAGAUUUGGCCGAUCACCGAUUAGUCUCAAACAGGCUAAAAUCGUCCAAUUUAAUCGACUCGCCGAUAAAUCGUUUGGGCCCUACUGUAAAUGUCCACUAAAACCUAUACAGAAUAUAAGAUUGUCCACGGUUCGGCACAGAGGGUCUCAGUGAAUGCUGCCCUUGACUCUGGUGGGACCUUUUCACGCCUUUGCAGACAGAUUACAAAGUUCCGACCCUCCGACUGCUCUGCACACUCACACUUUACUCCAAAACCUGCACCGCGGGCCAGAUGGCUAAUUGCCUCCAUGAUGUUGUUGCUGCAUCAGAGGCGGAAAAGAAGCAUUAGCGCAAUUUGUCAAUUUGACAGUGAUCGCCAAUUAAAGUCAAUUUGUGCAACUCCCUCCUCACACACCAUGAAAGACGGACAAGUGUGCAGGGCAUGAAAAAAGCCAUCGUUCAAACGUCCAAACAGUCGGUUUCAACUCAAGGCCUUUAGGAAGAAUGUCCCGACUGUUUGCCUAAAUGUGUGUGUAUUUGUGUGUGUGUGUGUGUGUGUGUGCAUAAUUUGGGAGGUAACGCUUUAACUGCUUUCACCUUCACUCCAUAUGUCAGCCAGUCCUCCUCUGUAAACGAACAUUAAACCAAACGCUCCCUCGCUAACAUCAACUUCCUUCACACAACACACGCACACAGAGCAUGACGGAAAUGUUAAUUGAUGACAGCCGCUGUCCACAGAGAGCGCCGGGCCUCGCUCCGUUCACAUGUAUCCCAUCUGUAGAAAACUCUUACAUAUGCACACACACCUACAAGAUUUCACACACAAACACACAGCAGGAAACCAAAUCUGAGUCCAAUUUUGAGGUCAGGGAUCCACAUCCAGCAGGCCCUCGCACUUUUCAUGAUUCACACACACCUACUUGUGGUUCAGAGGUGCAGCCUUGACAGAAUGUAUGCACUGUUAUAUCAGCGCUCCAGAGGAACGCUGUAACCCUCACAAUGAUCCUACAGAGCUUUAAGAUAUUACAGAGGAUUUGGUGUGAGGGAUUGUGGGUGUUUUCUUUGUCAACAAACUCUUUUACUGCACAUAGCUGGUGUGCAGCUGCAAAGUAGAGCCCCGCUAUCUGCUCUGUUUUGCUAUGAAGAAUUAUAUUGUCAUUGCAACAUAAUACUGCACAUUUUUGAAACGUUGCAUGCUGGUCUGUGAGGUCUUUAGGCUUCAUGACCCCUGAGGAGAAGAUAACAAAAAUAUGCAGAAGCCAUCAAAACUACAUGACCCAUUUUAUUCACGCUCUUUAACUCCCAGCUUCUCCUGCAAAGAUCUCCUCAUGCACAUCAUUAUUUCAAGCGUCUGCACUUUAUGCAUUUUGUUGUUAGCUAUGUCUGGGACUCCAGCCUCAAACUUUCAGUGGAUCCAUUUAAAGACCCACUCCGAUGAAAAUCCUGUUUUUCUUGUUGUCUACGUGUUCAUACGGCAUUUUUCUGAUGCUACAGGACGUACCAUGAGAAAACUAAGUAUUUCUGCAGUCAAAUCGCUGUGAAUCUCUGGCAGACCUAAAUGGCAGGUUCAGACACAGUGAGAUUUCUUACAUCAGAAAUCCAAGCUCCGCCCCCGCUUCCCCGCUAGGCAGGCCACACUCAGAAAAGUAGAGAGGAUAAUUGCGGAACAAGCAAAACUCCUGAAUUGGAUGAAGUGAGCCACUACCAUGUUUGUUGGUUUGUUGACGGCACAGGCGUAAAUGCAACUCUUCUUCUUCUUCUUCUUCUGCAGUUGUUUUGGUGAAAUCAGACUACUCUGCGCACAUCCAAAUGCUUCUAAUCUGAAUAAAUCUUAUAGUUAACGUAAUCAUGAUCGGAUCAAGAAAUUUUGCACAUGUAACCAUGGCUACAUUCCUUCUUACGAAGAUUAGUCAAGCUGUUGCACAUUGUUUGCCCUUGUCAGCCACCGUAGACUCCAGCUUAUAUCUGCGAGCUGCAAACCUCCUAUGAACCUGACCACAAUCUGAAGUCUCGCCAACGUGUGUCUCGCCAUGCUACAGACAAAAGUCAUGAUUAAUAUGAUUAAUAGCAGUAACUAAAGUCCUCACACACAUGAUGGAUGAUGCUCCUCCAUGGCAGGCUUCCCCUGACCUCAGAUACACUGUGACGGCCCAGAAGGCCCUGAUAGAUUUAUGAACAUAUCACGAUCCUGUCAUAGUGUGAGGAGAGUGAUGAUAACAGACACAUCAUGAAGGUCUGAGCAUCAUCAUCCAGAUCCUAAGAAUGAGUUCAUAAAAUUAAAUCACACUCCUAUUUGGAAUAAGAUAGAUGAUGAAACAGGAUUUAUGGCCUUUAUAACGCAUGUUUCCUUUUCCCAGGAGAAGGAGCAGCAGUGGAGGACCCAUGUGGCGAACCUGACCUCCUCUCAGGAGAAGAAUCUGCAAGAUAGACUGGCGAGACUCAGGAAAUUCAGGGUGAGACUCACACACACAAACACACACUUACAAAUACAGACAUCCUGAUCUUUGGCAUGGUAGCGGUUUUGUGUCAGACACACAGCAAACAGAUCAUUCCUCUGUGUCUGUUUUUUUUUUUUACAAAGCUGACAUUAACAGUCUGAGAUUAAACACCCGGUUUGAUGUCUUCAGAGCUUCAGAGCUCCUGCAGAGUUUAAGAGCUUUUGAAAGAUGAAAAAUAAACUGUUUAUUAGCUGCUGUGCGCUCCUGGACUUCAUCACUGAGUUACAGAGCUGUUGCAGUCUAGAGUCAUCGAUCAGACGAUGGUUUAAAGCCUGUCAGCGCGGCUCUAAGUCUGGGAUUUUCAGCUUCAAUUAAAUCAGUCAAUCGAGCUUCACUUUAAGCACCGUUCAUGUAAAUCCUUACGUUAUUCUUUAUUUAUCUCAAACUUUAGGAACAACAACAACAAAACAACUAAAAACAAACAAACAGAACAAAAUAAUACAUAUGUACAGCAAACCACUGUACAUGUCAAAGAUAAAUUUACACAACAUAUGUAUGUCAAAAUAAAUAAUAAAUAAAAAAAAUUUUUAUCUGUUUUUAUAAGUUACAAAUUUGUGUAUAAAUGCCUACAUAUUAUACAAAAGGAUAUCUGCUCAGCAAUAAAUAGGUUACUUCUUAUAAUUACUUGCAUAUUAUAAUAAUAAUCAGUGUUAUAAUAUUCAGAAUUAAUAAAACUUUUAUGCAAUCAAGUAUAACUAGUAUAAAACCAUAUUUUUGUCAGUUUACUUCUAUGAAUCAUUAAAUACUUCUAAUAGUUUGAUUUAAAUAUUUUUAUGGUAUUGGACAUUUUUACGGUGACAUCCAGGCGGUUCCAGAGUUUAACACCACAAAGAGAAAUGCACAUACUUUUCAGAGUUAUAUGGACAAUCGGACAAAUAAAUGUAUGUUCACCCCUUAAAUUACAUUUACAGAUUAUGAGUUAAUGCAUUUCUUUUUCUGCUUUUAAAUCAGAAAUGCCAUCAGGUAAUGUAAUGCUUUUUUGUUAUUUGUCAUCCAAAUAACAUAAAAAGAAGCUUGGCACACCCUGUAGAUGAAACAGUCGAACAAAUCACUUAAUGAGAAUCUUUGCUGUGUAAAAUGCAAAAAAAAAAAUUGUCAUUUCUACACUGUUCUGACAGUUUCAGGCUUUUAAGAUAACCUUGUAGAAAAUGCAUAUUUUCAUCUUAUGUGCUUUUAUAGCUCAUAAAGAAGCAACAGUAUUAAUUUAAUACUAGCUAAAAAAAAUUAUCAGAGGAGCUUUAAGUAGAAGAAAAUAGAAAAGAGUAUAUUUCCUAAAAGCUCAGACUGUGAAAACUUGUGAAUGUCAGUGUUUAAAAAUGCUGAAUUAUCCCUUUAGAAUGAUGCUACUGCUAGCUCACUAGCAGCUUCUGUUCAUUUGUUUUUUCCCUGAAAGACCACGACUAUAAACUCAAAGUAUUACUCUUUAUAGCCCAAUAGCAACACUUCCUUUCAUUAAAAAGACAACUAUGGUGAAUCCUUUUAAUUGAUCUAUUACACCAUAUUUAUAUGUUUUUAUUGGAGACUAGUUUAAGGUAUUUUUGUCUCCUUCCUGCAGGAGUUCCAGAGGAAGGUGCUCAUGGAGGAAUCGGAGAUGGAGGCCGGCACCGCCACCCUCACAGCCAAUCAGCUUCUCACAAGGAUGUAGUGCACAACAGGAGAAACUGACUCAUCCAAAGUGUGCUAAAUGUUAAAUCGAAACAUCAAUAAAUGAUCAUUUCACUAGCUUCACAUGACGAUACGAUCUUAUAAAGACUAUUUUUAAAGCAGCAGUGAAACAACAGAAGUUGUGUCUUUCUGCUCAGUUCAGGAGUGGUGAAAACCUGAAAUGUCACAGAUAUGGUGCGAUUAGGAGUGGUAGAAAUUGAUUUUAGAUUUGGUAAAAGAAACAAAGAGGAUCUUUAUAUUUCCCCCAAUUCCCCAAAACAUAAGAUAAAUUUAGUUGGUCCUUAAAUGGCUGAAAUUGUUACCAAAGGAUGGGACUUUUGCUCAAGGACAGCAGUAAAAUUGUUGAUAAUUGAUUCUCAUAAGGCUCCAUUUUGUUCUGAAACAUAAACACACUGCUGUUUCUUCGGCUAUUCGUCCCCCUCCUACCUUUGUCAGGUAUAAAAAUGAUGACAGGGAAGUUUCUAAUCUUGUUGCUGGUCAAAAUGUAAGUAUAGUUUGAUAAAGAUAUUAAAGUAUUGUAUGUUAAAUGUCAAAGUAUAGUAUGAUAAACAUAUCAGAGUAAAGUAUGAGAAAAAUAUCAUAAGAUAGUAUGGAAAAAUGUCAGAGUAUUGUAUGAUAAAAAUGUCACUGUACAGUAUCAUAAAAAUAUCGAAGUAGAGGUUGAUAAAAAAAAUAAAUAAAUCAUAGCAAAGUAUUGUUAAAUGUCAGAGUAUAGUAUGAUAAAGAUAUUAUAGUAUAGUAUUAUAAAAUGUCACAGUACAGUAUGAUAAAAAUGUCACAGUAUAGUAUGUUAAAAAUAUCAUUGUAUAGUAUUUUAAAAUGUCAUCAUAUAAUACGAAAAAUUUCAUAGUAUUGUUUGAUAAAAAUAUUAUAGUACACUUUGAUAAAAGAUUGAAAUAUGAUUUUUUAACAUACUACACAGUGAUUUUUCUUUCAUACUAUACAACGAUAUUUAUAUCAUACAGUACUAUAAAAGUUUUAACAUACUAUACUUUUACAUUCUAUAAUAUUUUAUUAAGAUUUUUUAAUCAUACUAUACUCAUACUAUAGAAUGUCAUUUUUAUUAUAAUAUACUGUGAUAUUUUCAAAUUAUUAUACAAUGACAUUCUUACUGUACUAUACUAUGAUAAUGUUAUCAUACUAUACUAUGGAAUUUUAUUCAACUUUAUUAUCAUAGUAUAUAUAUAUAAAACAUUCUUCAUUUUUAUUAUCAUUUUAAGUAUUAUCAUACUUAACUAUGUUUUUUUUAAUACUAUAAUGUGAUAUUUUUAUCAUAAAAUACUGUGAUAUUUUUACUGUACUAUACUAUGACAGUUUGAAGAUACUAUCCAAUUUUUUUUUUAUCAAAGUCUACUUAGAAUCCAGAUCCAGAAAUAACUCUACGGGGUGAAAAAAAGUGUAAAUAUGCACAAAUAUCUUGGCAUAUUGAUUGACUAACAGCUGCCCUUUAAAUCCCAUGUGAGGAAAUUUAGUCCAUCCAAUUUAAGAUUUACCAGAAACUCCAUGACCAUGGUUGCAGCAAAGCUUUAUGUACAUGCAAUGAUUGUUUCACAUUUAACAUACUGUUUGCUGUGUGUUGCAUGAGCAAAUAAAACCACUCUCACACCACUUGAAACAUUAUACAAAAACACAGCUACUACCAUCAUUGCCUUAUUUUAAUAAAGCAUGAUCUUCUGAGUUGGGAUGAUUUCAUAAAGUAUGCAAAUCUCUGCCUGUAUGUUUGCUUGUUUGUUUGUUUUUGUUGUUUGUUUGUUUUUCUUUUUUGCAUAAUGCUUGCCAUUUUAUGCCCUGCCUUGUAAUGUCUGAUAUUGUUUGUGCUAAUGUCUUAGCUUUGUGUGCUACAGUUCUUGUGUGUGUUUCUAGCUGUAGUUUCCUCUCUUGCUCUCCCUCACUGGUUUUCUCCCUGUCUAGAUGUUAUGUGUGAAUGCUAGAGUUAUUUAUGAGCUUUUGUUAUGCCAUAUGUCAGACUUCUUACCUGUUUUACUUGUCAUUAUGAGCUUUUAUCAGGUAGAUUGUCAUAUAAAGUUGUGUUUGAAAGUACUUCAUUGUUGCCCCCUUUUUGGUUUUUAGGUUUCCUUUAACAUCUGGCCAGGGACAACGGAUGAAAACUAGCCUUUGCUGGUAAACUCUGGCUCACUUACAGUUUUUCUUUUAACUCUUUUGAUUAGUGGUGCAAUGUCCCUGUGAAAUAAACCAAUAAAGAAAGAGCAAAGCAAACAAA